AGUCUUAUUUAGAGAAAUUCAGAAGAUCGAACUGUGGAUAUUUAAAUGAAAUAUGGAAUUAUUUAAGAUUAUCCAUUUAAUUGAUUAUAUAUAUAGUUUUUUUUAUCAAAUUCAAUAUUGAAUUUAUUUGUAAAUAGUUAUUUCAUUUAUCACUUGUUGGAAAGAGAGUUCUGAUUCACAAUAUUUUAUGAUCCUAAAUUUGAGUAGCCUAGGUAAGCUUCUGAUAACAUUGUAGGUCAUAGAUUUAGAAUAAUAUCAAUAUUUUAUGAGUUAAUUAUAUAUUUUCUCAUCUUAAUUUGUAUAUUUAAUUUUUUUAAAUAAUAACUAAUUAAUUUUUAUUAAUAGUACUGAAUUAAUUUUUUAACUUAAUUUAAUUAAUUUUUAACUAGAUAAAUUUAUUUUUUUGGAUUGUCCAAUGCUGUCCAACAAGAUUUACGGUAGAUUUAAUAUAGUCCGAUCCGUUUCAUGCACGGACACGGACUCCCUUUUUAACACUUAUUGCAUCAUUCGAUCUCCGGUCCACCCGAAUCAAUUCGGUUCACGUUUAUGUGUAAAAUAAUUAAUUUUGGGAUGAUCGAUUCAAUCCUAUGAAAAAUUUUUAUUGAUCAUCAGGAUAAAUUAAGAAGCGCACAUGAAAGUUAGUCCAAAAGUUCAGUAUCUUUUUUAUUACACUUUUUAUUUAAAAUAAAAAUUUCUAUAAAUACAUCAACAUUCGAAUUAAGAAUAUCUGAAAAAUAAUUUGAAUAUCUUAUGACGGUAUCAUAACCUGAGACCCACGUUGACGUGGAAAGCUCGUUGGAAUGCUGGGUUUCAAAAUUCAAAUUGCAUCGCGAAGCUACGGCACGAAUCUCGAAGCACGUUGCUAUAAGUUGACGGCGAUGCCUCUCUUCUUGUCGUAGAAGGAAGGCACCGAUCGUGAGAGAUGGCGUCGAGCGGCCUGAAGAAUUUCUAUCGCCAGAAGAAGAAAGGGGGCGUCGCCAAGCCCUCCUCCAACCGGAGCUUCGCCGGAAAGUCUCCCACCGUCUCCCUCUCCCACCUCGUCGAUCCAGUCCCAUCACCCUUGCAUGGUUCUGGUGCGGGGAGCGAUAAGGCGUCCCUGGCCGCCGGGAUCGGUGAGGAGGAGGACGAGAAGCUGCGGCAGUUCGAUAUGGACAUGAGGUACGGCCCCUGCAUCGGGCUCAGCCGGACGGAUCGAUGGGAGCGGGCGGCCGCCAUGGGGCUGAAUCCACCCACCGAAGUGGAGGCCAUCCUGUUGAAAUCGUCCGCCGCCGCCUCUGGAUGCCUCUGGGAUGGACGAGUCUAACCUUAACACGUAAGUACCCUCCAAAAAAAAAAUCCCUUUUUGUGUGUAUGGAGAAGGCACAGUAUCUGACUCUGUGGCCGUUUUGGUGUCGUCUCCUCUUGUCUUGUCUGUGCUGCUGUUGCUAUGUUUCUUAUCUGUAAGCGUGGUCGAAUCGAAGUUUCGCCGCUUGAGAACAUUGCCGAUCUUGUUGUGUUGAUUUAAACUCGUUAUCUACAAUUCUGUGUCAUCAUCACUCUCAUCUCGAUUGUUUUAUCCAAACCAAAAACUUGAAUCUAUCCUAACUGUAUCUUUGAUCUUGUUUGAUA